AUGCUCUUCUUUCUUUCUUCUUUUCAUUCUUUCUUUGUUUCUUCUUUGCUUUCUUGCUCUUCCUAUCUUCCUUCCUUUCUUCCUUCAUCUCUUUCCUUUCUUUCUUUCUUUCUUCCUUUCUUUCUUUCUUCCUUCCUUCCUUUCGUUCUAUCUUUCUUCCUUCCGUCCUUUCUUCCUUCCUCUCUUACUUUAUCUCUUCCUUUUUCUUUCUUCCUUCCUUCCUAUUUUCCCUCCCUUUCUUUCUUUCUUCCUUCCUUUUCCCUUUUUUUCCUUCCUUUCUUUUUCUUUCUUUCUUCCUUCUUCCUUCCUUUUCCUUUCUUCCUUCCUUCCUUUCUUCCUUCCUCUCUUUUUUAUCUCUUCCUUUUCCUUUCUUCCUUCCUUUCUAUCUUCCUUCGUCUCUUUCUUCCUUCCUUUUUGAUUCUUCCUUCCUUUUUCCUUUCUUCCUUCCUUUCUUUCUUUCUUUCUUUCUUUCUUUCUUCUUUCCUCUCUUUCUUUAUCUCUUCCUUUUCCUUUCUUCCUUCCUUCUUUUCUUCCUUCCUCUCUUUCUUCCUUCCUUCCUUUUUCCUUUCUUCCUUCCUUCCUUUCUUCCUUCCUCUCUUUCUUUAUCUCUUCCUUUUCCUUUCUUCCUUCCUAUCUUCCUUCGUCUCUUUCUUUCUUUCUUCCUUUCUUUCUUUCUUUCUUCCUUCCUUCCUUUCUUUCUUUCUUCAUCUCUUUCUUCAUCUCUUCCCUCCUCUUUCUUUCUUUCUUCCUUUUCCUUUCUUUCUUCCUUUCUUUCUUCCUUCCUCUCUUUCUUUAUCUCUUCCUUUUCCUUUCUUCCUUCCUUCCUUCUUUUCUUCCUUCCUCUCUUUCUUCCUUUCUUCCUUCCUUCCUUCCUUCCUUCCUAUCUUCCUUCCUCUUUUUCUUUCUUUCUUCCUUCCUUUUUCCUUUCUUCCUUCCUUCCUUUCUUUCUAUCUUUCUUCCUUCCUUCCUUUCUUCCUACCUCUCUUUCUUUAUCUCUUCCUUUUCCUUUCUUCCUUCCUUCCUAUCUUCCUUCGUCUCUUUCUUUCUUUCUUUCUUCCUUUUUCCUUUCUUUCUUCCUUUCUUCCUUCCUUUCUUUCUUUCUUCAUCUCUUUCUUUAUCUCUUCCCUCCUCUUUCUUUCUUUCUUUCUUCCUUUUCUUUUCUUUCUUUCUUCCUUCCUUCCUUCCUUUCUUCCUUCCUUCCUUUCUUCCUUCAUUCCUUUCUUUCUAUCUUCCUUCCUUCCUUCCUUUCUUUCUAUCUUUCUUCCUUUCUUCCUUCCUCUCUUUCUUUAUCUCUUCCUUUUCCUUUCUUGCUUCCUUCCUUCUUUUCUUCCUUCCUCUCUUUCUUCCUUUCUUCCUUCCUUUUUCCUUUCUUUCUUCCAUUCUUCAUUCCUUAUUUCUUCACUUAUUUAUCUAUUUAUUCAAGUUUUCACAUUUUUUUUCAUUCUUUCUUUAUGCCUCCAUAUCAUCUUUCCUUUCUUCCCUGAACGUUUUUUCUUUUUAUUUAUUGUUUUCAUUUUAUGCGUCUUUUUCUGCACAUUUCUGUACAUUUGUAAUUCUUUCUUUCUUUCUUUCUUUCUUUCUUUCUUUCUUUCUUUCUUUCUUUCUUUCUUUCUUUCUUUCUUUCUUUCUUUCUUUCUUUCUUUCUUUCUUUCUUUCUUUCUUUCUUUCUUUUCUUUCUUUCUUUCUUUCUUUUUUCUUUCUUUCUUUCUUUCUUUCUUUCUUUCUUUCUUUCUUUCUUAUCUUAUCUUAUCUUAUCUUAUCUUAUCUUAUCCUAUCCUAUCCUAUCCUAUCCUAUCCUUCAUGUACUUUUCUGACAGAUUUUACAAUUUUGGAUUUCAGUUUUUCUUUUGUCUUCGUGAUUCUAACCUAUCCGUUUUCUAUUGA